UCCUACUCUUACAGGAACCCUGCCAGGAAGAAGAUGCAGCUGCAGUCACCAUUUGGGGGCGACGCGUACAACACCGAUGAGUUCGAGCAGGCGGAUCCGGAGUCCUAUUCCAAGGAGUACGGGCUCUCGUUCGGCAUCAGCCACUCGAUCAGCACCGAGGACGGAAUUCUUACUACCAUAUCAAUCUCGACAUCCACAAUCCUCCACACAUCACUGGUACAUACACUUCCAGGUGCUUCAGUUCCAAGCCUUGCCAUGCUGAGCUCGAUGUCUCUGGUGCAUGCCAGCUUAGGUGCACAUCAGGUGUUUGAGGAAUUGUCAUCCUGCACCGACAACGUCUUCAACAAUAGCAUCGGCUUCACACCCGCGCUCAUGGCUUAUGGUAUUGAUAUUCGUGUAAUCCAUGCUAUCAAGUCAAGAAGAAGUCCUGUUGGUAAGGUACUGACAAUUCUUCAAGCGAACUCUUUAUCCUCUAAGGAAGUUGAGAGGCGAUCAUGCAUUUCCUUGGAGGAAUUCAUAUGUAAUUACUUUUCGUGCGACACCCCCAUCAUAAUUAGUGGCACCAUCGAUCAUUGGCUUGCAAGGACAAAAUGGAAUGACAUUGAGUACCUCAAGGAGAUCGUUGGAGAUCAUAUUUUCGCUGUUGAAGUUGGGAAAAAUUACGUGUGUCGUGAGUGGAAGCAGGAGCUGAUCACAUUUUCUCAGUUGCUGGAUAGAAUGACGUCAAUUGUCUGUUCAUCAAACUUGACAUAUCGUGCUCAGCAUCCAUGGUUUGAGCAGUUAAAAGAGCUCAGUGAAUACAUGAUGGUUACCGAAUGUUGUUAUGCUGGUGCAGGGGAACUCCAAUCACUUAAUGCUUGGUUUGGUCCAGAGGAGACAGUGGCACCAUUGCACCAUGAUCCACAUCACAACAUCUUAGCUCAGGUCUUGGGCAAGAAGUAUAUUAGAUUCUAUCGUGCUGUCAUAGCUGGGGACUCGUAUCCACACACAGCGACUAUGCUAAGCAGUACCAGUCAGGUAGACCUUGACAACAUUGAUUUGAAGGAGUUUCCAACGGUUGAAAGCCUGGAAUUCAUUGACUGCAUAUUGGUAGAGGGCGACCUGCUUUACAUCCCUACUAAAUGGUGGCACUACGUCAGAUCUCUUCCCACCAGUUUCUCGGUUAGCUUUUGGUGGCACUACAAGGUUGUUGACUACUGGCUCGACCGUGGAAAAUCUGGGUUUGAUGUUUAUAAGUAUAGACUGUUGCGCAUUGAGGGCCAAGAACCCAUGGGUACUGUGAAUUAUCGAGUAGCUGACAGCAGCCUUAGAUGUGUCAAGCUAGUAGUUUCUUUGCAACACUUACCGAGCACUGGCAGCAGCUCUGGUGAUUGUGCUGUCUCGCUGAGAAGAUGGCUCAAGUUACCAAGUGCAACAUCACUUGAAGCGUCAACAUCACUGGACUCAGAGGUUCAUUCGGUACUGCUAGUUGGAUCUGCUUUGCUGUGUUUAACCUCGGCCAAAGGCUUGUGGGUGUUCGGAUCAAUGCCUUUCUGCCAAAGCUUCUUUUUGACCCUUGAGUUCUAGAUAUUCUUAAUCUCGUUAUCAGUUCUUCUAGGCCACCUAGUUGUAACUUGGGACCACCUAUUCAUUGAUGUGUCAACAGUACCAAACGCAAAGUAUG